AUAAAAUCUAUGGAUCGUGCAAUGUAAAUAUGGAUAGACUGGUGUUUAUAUGUUGUUCAUAUGGCUUUGCAUUCACAGUCUGGACUACAUGACCUUAUGUCACACAACUCCAGGUUGGGAUCCAACUCUGUAUCCCUCAGCAUACAGGAUAAAGAGGGGGACAUAUUCUCUGCUCAACCCCACAUUCCAGCGCUCUCAGGAGGACGUGGACCUACUGUUUGAGAUCCUGCUGGCUGGGACACAGAUUGAUAGUGAAGACCACCAGUUGUUUGUCCCCGAUGAGGAGCUGGCCUCCCUCAGACAGGUGAAGAAGCUGGAGGUGAUCUGUGAGGACAUUCUACCCAAGACUCUGUCUGAGGUGAGGCGUGUGGUGGAGCUGUUGUCCCACCGGAGUGUCCCCCUGCACUGGGACGACUACCAGAGGACUGUGUUGACGCUGGUGUACAUUAGUCAGACUGUGGCUCACCUGGACACAGAACUCUCUCAACAGGCCUGGGGCAGUGUGCUUAUCCAGCUGUUCAGUGCUCUCCACAAGGACCUUACCCUAAACUGAAGUCAUUUCUUUUACUCAUAAUAUAAAUGACUGUAAUCUAAUAAUAUCA